UAUUUAAAAGUUUACAAAGAACCAAUUAAAGAAAAGUGAAAUUGAAAGAUUUUCAAAAGUUGAACACAAAAAAUAUUCAAGCAUAGUUGCGAGCCCUUCGUGCGUCAUAUUUACAGUGGUCUCUAAACAAGUCGAAUAAAAGAGUCUUUUUGAAAAAAUUAAUAAAAGUAUAAUAAUGUCUCGGGGAGGAAAUGAGAAUAGAAUUUAUGUUGGUAAUUUGCCACCAGAUAUAAGAACUAAGGAUGUUGAGGACUUAUUCUUCCGCUUUGGAAAGGUUUCAUUUGUCGAUUUAAAGAAUAGAAGAGGACCACCAUUCGCUUUUGUUGAAUUUGAAGACCACAGGGAUGCAUCAGAUGCUGUAAAGGCAAGAAAUAACUAUGAUUAUGAUGGAUAUAAAUUAAGGGUUGAAUUCCCAAGAGGUGGUGGUCCAGGAUCAUCAUACCGGGGUCGUUCCAAUAAUGAUCGUGGCGGAUCAGGAAGAGGUGGUGGAAAUAAUAGACCAGCAGCAAGAAGAUCACAGUAUAGAGUAUUGGUAUCUGGAUUACCUUCAUCUGGAUCAUGGCAGGACUUGAAGGAUCACAUGAGGGAAGCAGGUGAUGUUUGCUUUGCUGACGUUUAUAAAGAUGGAACAGGGGUGGUUGAGUUUUUGCGUUAUGAGGAUAUGAAAUAUGCGAUUAAAAAGUUGGAUGAUUCGCGAUUUAGAAGUCAUGAAGGGGAAGUUGCUUAUAUUCGUAUUAAAGAGGAUGGAGCACCUUCAUACGGCGAAGAUCGACGAGAAUACAAAGACAAAGAAAAAGAUAAGGACGGGAGCUACGGGCGUUCUCGUUCUCGCUCGCCUUAUUCCUCACCUCGAAGACGCCGUGGAUCACCUGUUUACAAUGAUUUUCGUCCACGCGUUUCUCGUAGUCGCUCCAGAUCUUACAACUAUUAAAUCAUCUGCAUGCAAACCAUUUCUAGAUUCAUGCAGGAUCUGAUGAUCAUACAAUCACAUUAAAACUAUCUUUUUUUUCUUAGAAGAAUUUCAACUUCAACAAUAUACCCAUAGAUGAAAGACUUGCUCUUUUCCAUUCUGAAAAUAAUUAACUUAACAUUCCUCGUGUCCCCUUUUUUGGAAAUGAAUUUUUAUUAUUGUGUGUUAAUUGUGCCAUAGAUAACUGGACAAGUCUUUUUAAAAUCAAGGUUUUUUUUAUGUCGAUUUAUAAUGAAGUGCACUGCACUGCUUACACAGAUACACACACAUCCGACUCGAGCCGUCAAAGAAUGAAAAAAAUUGUAAAACUUAAAUUGAUAAAUUUCUUUCUUAAAUUUUCACAAUCAUAUAUGAUAACGAUUAAUCAAACUAAUUCCCUAGUAAUAAUAAUUCAAAUCUGAAUGAUAAGUUCUUUUUUAAGAAAAAUAAUACAUAUUCAUAACAAUC